UAUCAUUCCAUUUCAAACAAUCACGAUAAUUCAUCCCGUCAUUAAAUGGGCACCACUCACACACUGCAUGAUGCCCUCACUAAUAAGUUGGAUACGUGCUGUGACCUAGUUUAACUACUUUGCUACCUCCUGUCAUUAGAUAUGUCCCUCUCUCAUAAUAGCUUAUAAUUACAAUCAAAGUGACAUUCAGACCCAGGCAAGUAAGUCCAGAUAUUAACAUCACAACUACAUAGAGUAGUCACGAUGAAGAGAGCCAUGUUCCACGGUGUAGCUGCAGUUUUAUACUUCAUGAUCAUAGUGAAGCUUCAUGCCAUAGAGCAUAAAGAAAACAACACAGACACGUGUAUUUUGAGCUUAAAAGAGAACACAAAACGCGUUCGGUCGAAAGUGAUAAAAAGGUUGACGGAAGAGAUAAAAGAGGAAUUUAAGAAUCAGUUCAAGCAACUUGAGCUUCUAAAGAAAGAGAUUCUUCUGGAGAGGGCACGUCAGCGGGUGAUAGAGGAGAAGGUGGAUGUGUCCUAUGAGGGAGUUCAGAAAUUCGAGGCUGCUCUCUCACAAUGCGCUAUGAUUACAACAGUCUCUAUCACAGCCGCAAACACAACAACCUCCACCACCACCACGACCACAGUAAAACCAAAGGUGUGUGCUGCUGGCUUUGUGAAGUUUGAAGACCACUGUUACAUACUGGAGCUGGAUAAAACCAGUUGGGCUUCUGCAAGAAGUAGAUGUCGAGUGCUUGGUGCUGACCUCGUCUCUAUCAAUACGGAAGCUGAGAACGACUUUCUGCUGGAGAAAAUAAAGGAAUACUACCCGCCUGGCCAGAAAACUUCUGCAUAUUUCUGGAUGGGGAUGAUAUAUGCGGGCGGAAAAUACAUGUGGGCUGACGGCACAGAGGUAGGCUUCAAUGACUUUACCUCAGGAGAACCGAACUGUAUGGAUGAUGGGAGGUGUAAAGCAUUGAUUUCAACAUACCAGUCUGUUUACAAGUGGAAGGAUGCAGGAACUGAUUUUGACUUCUACUACAUAUGCGAGAAGGAUGCGUCCUAGACACAAAAUUUCUCUCUUCAUGUAGUGUGUUCUACUUCAAACCCAAAGCAAAUAAACAAUUUCGUUUUC